AGAAGAGACAACUCUGUGUGUUCAGUGAGGUGCAUUGAUUUGCAGGAAGUAAAAGAAAGGAAAGAAGAUAGGAAAGAAGAAAGAAUAUCCAUGUCUUGCAGUCAGGUGACAUACGAUGCAUGCUCCCCGCUGUUCAGCUGUUCCUUCCUACUGCUGAGCUCUUUCUCCAGUUUCUUUCCACACACCGCUCGGAUAAGACAACCAUCCGGGCACAGUACGAGAAAGCAUCAGGCAACAACCAGACUACAGCAGACGAGUCCUACGGCUGAAAACGGGGCAGUAGAUCAGUCUGUCAGGCAGACGAUCGACACACAAUAUUCAGCCUAGCUAGGUACCUCUUCUACAGACAGAAACCAGUCCAAUUGGGUGAGGGGAAGCGAUCCACAUCAAACACCGAUGUCAAAUCCCUCGUGGGCGAAACAAUAUCGGGGAAAUCCGUUCUGCGUAUGCGUCUGGACAUCCCGG